AUGAGCAUGUCCAGCACAUUAACGCCAUUCCUCUACCAGACGAGGACCAUCCUGAAGCCGUCUGUUGCUCUCCGUUCUGUUUCGACCACGGCAGGCCAGCUCCAUCGACGACCCCGCGGACAGGACAUCCCCUUCGAGUGGGAGGGUGCAAUCCAACAAGAACGCGCCGACAUUCCGAGCGGUAGAGAUGGCGGCGGUAGCGGCCCUCGAUCUACAAUCACUCCUUCCGAAAGACAUGUCUUCCGCAGGAUAUUCAACGACAUCGCGAAACGCGGCCCGGCGCCCCUCAAACCUCCGCCGAGCGCCGCCGCCACCGGUCUCUCCGAAGCCCCUAAACCCUCGAACCGCGAUACGAUACUGGCAAAAUAUCCCGAGUCUCUGCGCCGGGCCGCCGAGGCCGCCCUUGGUAUGCGCGCGAUGACCGGGGACGUCUUCGAAGAUCAACCAGAGAAACCGGUCUCUCGCGAAACUCUGAAGCGGGGGGAGAAAGUCCACCAGGACCCCGAGGUGCAGGACAAGCGCGAUGAAGUGCGUCUGGCGGAAAGCAUAAAGCUGCGGCAGCUUCUGGACUCCUGCAAUAACGACAUCGAGGUAUGGGGCGUGCUCGAGCAGGAGGUCUUCUCCAUGGUCAAGAAGCUGGGAAUCGCAAAGUCGGAGGAGACAAAGAAGAAGCCGGUCCUCGACAUGGACACCUACGGCCCCGUCUACUCCCUGCAUCUCCUCGAGAGUCUGAAGGCCCUCGACCGGAGCUUCGUCCAGCCCUCUCCCAUGGCCCUGAACGUGCUUCCCCGCGUGCGGGAGCUAGGUCUCGCCUCCUACGUCCUGGGCGUCUCGACACCAUUCUACAACGAGCUGGCCUCUAUUUUCUGGUAUCGCCAUGGGGACACACAGGCGGUUCUUGGCGUGCUGGAUGAGAUGCAGAACGCUGGCCUUUUCUUCGACAGGGACACCCUGAAGCUUGUCGAGACCAUGGAGCUGACCCUAGACUCCUUCCGGGACCGUCAGCUCGGUGUCUUCUCCAAGGCUGUCGGCACCAUUCCGGGCUACAACCUGGACAUCAAGACCAAAGUCGGGAAUUUUGUGCGUCGUAUUCGCCAUUCUCUUAGGAAGGAACAGAGCGUGCAAACCGCAUAG